AUGAAUAAAUAACAGUGUAAUUACCAUUAUAGUUUCAAAUUUAUCAUGGUAGGUGAUUCUGGAGUUGGAAAAAGUUGUUUACUCUAAUAAUUCAUUGAAGGUUAGUUUAAAAAUAAUAUUGAUUCAACGGUUGGAAUAGGAUUUGGAUAAAAGGAUGUAAUUUAUAAGGAUAGUGUGAUUAGAGUAAAUAUAUGGGAUACUGUAAACUUCUUAAUAUUAUUUAGGCAGGUUAAGAGUCAUUCAGAUCAAUUACAAGAGCAUAUUAUCGAGGGUAUAGAAAAUAAAUUUAAUUAUUAGAUCUAUUGCAUGUUUAUUAGUUUAUGAUGUGACUAAAAAAAAAUCAUUUCAUCAUCUUAUUAAUUGGUUAAAUGAAGUGAAGUAAGAUUCAUCAGCAGAUAUUAUGAUUGUUGGAAAUAAAAUUGAUUCAUGGGGAAGAGAAGUAUCUUAAGAUGAAGGUUAAUAAUUAGCCUAAUAAACAGGAUGUUUAUAUUUUGAAACAUCUGCAAAAACAGGAGAAAAUGUUAUUCUCACUUUUGAAACCUUAGUAUAGAAAAUUUAUAUGAAAAUUAAGAAUAAGGAAAUAGAUUUGAAUGAUCCAUAAAAUGGUAUUAAAUUAGGUACACUGACUGAAUUAUAACCAUUCAUUAAUUAAUCUAAUUAAAAAUAGAAAUCUUAAUGUUGCUGA